AUGGCAUAUCACCUUGCCGGCUUUGGUGCCCAGGUGGUAAUUACAGCCAGGAGGGAAAAGGUUCUACAGCAGGUCAGUACCACUUCAAUUAGGUGUUUUCGUCAAUGUCAAUGUCUCUAGCCAUUAGUUCUCCCACUUAACUCUAUGACAAGGCCCUCCAGUGGGUGGUGAAGACGGCCCAGUACAUCUAUUUGAAACGGUGCCUGAGGAAGUCCCGCAGCAUCAAGGACCCCACACACCCCAGCCACGAGCUGUUCACUCCGUUACCGUUGGGUAGACGGUAUUGGAGCAUGAGGUCUGUUACCACCAGGCUCAGAGACAGUUUGUAUCUACAAGCCAUCAGACUGCUGAACACUUGAACUGGACUGACCACCUGCUCACUCACGCUCACACCCACACAGACAUACACACAUACACACACACUAACAUACACGUUCAUGCUACACACACCACAACUGUUGCUACCAGACUCUUAUUUACUAUUGCUAAUACUACACAAUUUAAACACUUGCCCCCAAUCCCCCUUCUUCCUGUAUUAUACUUAUGCUAAAAUGUUUAUUGUAUUCUAAUGAGCCAUUUACUUUAUGUUCGUAUUUUUAUCUUAUAUUAUUUCUUAUUGUUGUUGCAUUGUCGAGAACGAACCGGCAAUUAAGCAUUUCAUUGGAUGGAAUACCAUGUGUAUCCUGUACAUACGUCUAAUAAAACUUGAUUACUUAAUGUUUUUCAUGAUUAUGUUACCCUUAUGCAAACAUCACUUGCUUGUAUUGCAGGUAGUAGAGAAAUGCCAGGUGUUGGGGGCCCAGAAAGCUCUAUACGUAGCAGCAGACAUGGCCAAUCCUUCUGACCCAGAGAGAGUGGUGAAGUUUGCUGUGGACAAGCUGGGAGGACUGGACUACCUGGUGCUGAAUCACAUAGGACCCAGCCCAUUCGCCAUGUGGGAUGGAGAUGUGGAACACACUAGAUGGUUAAUGCAGGUGGGGUAACUUAAUCACAAGUACUGCUAUAUCACAUACCAUUAUAUACUAAUACAUUUAAGUCAUUUAGCAGAUGCUCUUAUCCAGAGCAACUUACAGUGGUGAGUGCAUACAUUUUCAUACUGCCCGCCCCCUUGGGAAUCGAACUAACUAGUUCUUCCUGCUUCAUUUCUUUUUCACAGGUGAAUUUCCUCAGCUAUCUACAGAUGGCAAAGACAGCUCUGCCUACCCUUGAUCAAAGUAAGGGUUCCAUUGUGGUCGUCUCCUCCUUGUUAGGUAAGUGAGAGCUCUUCUCUCUACACAAAGUGUUCUAAUGCUGCUUUUCGACUGUAACACCAGUGUUACACUAGUGAAUACACCCUUAUGUUAUACUAGGGAAAUCAACAACCUCUGCAACAACCUCUGCAUCAUCAAUACAUUUGCUUUAUGAGAAGGUGUUGAAGUCCACAGUUAGCCAUUGUUAUGUAAAUGCAUGCUGAAAAGUACCAGUGGCCUGGCUUUGGCCACAAGUGAUAGCAGGUCCACCGGAGCCAUGACCCAGUGAGACACAGGUGUUGGCCCGUGUAGAUGGAAACAGAAAAGUCUGAUCCUUUUGGGUAAAACACUGGAGUAAAUCCUGAAUGGAAAUGCGCCAUUAAGUGACCCUGAACCUAUGACUGGCUAUUGUUUUGGUCCUUAAGGAAAAAUGUGCAGUCCAUUUGUGGCUCCCUACACGUCCACCAAGUUUGCCCUGAACGGCUUCUUUGGGACGUUGCAGCAUGAGCUUGCCAUGCAGAGGAGCAACGUGUCCAUCACCAUCUGCAUCCUGGGCCUGAUCGAUACAGACUCAGCUAUGGAGAAAGUCAAGUGAGCUAUUUUUGAUACCAAGUUCAGUCAAGUAAACUUAAAUCUGGAAUACAGUCAAUGAUUUCAUGAUUGACCUGAUGGUUGUUACAUGCAAGUACAUACAAGUAUCCUUGGACACAUUUCAAAUAGUCACCUUUGUUUGUAUUACAGGGGGAUCACCAACAUCCAAGCCUGGCCGGCCAGUGAGGCGGCUCUGCACAUCAUCACUUCUGGAGCCACACAACAGACAGAGUCUUACUAUCCCUGGUUCUGGUACUAUGGCACUCUCAUCAGAGACUGGUUCCCCUACUUCAGGGACAUUUCUAUACGUUACUUCUAUAAAUAUUAACCAUAUGCUUGAAAUAUACAUUAUGAUAAUAAAGCCUUUACAUCUUUCCCUUUUUUGAGUUAUUUGUUGAUUUUAAAGAAAUGCUGUUACAGCCAACUUCUCUGACAUGGAUAAUUUAAACACCAUUCUUUAAAUGAUAAUCAGUUCAGUAUUUUUAAAGAUUUGUUCAUGUAAAACUGUGUUCUUGUUGGUCUUCUUCUUUGUAUAAUUGGUUGCCUUUCUGUGAUACAAAUUAUUGUAAGAUUUCUGCACGUUUAUGUCACAAUUUGAACUUUGUCCAUCCCCUCUCUCAUUGCUUGUGAAUGAUGUAAUCAACAGUGUUGGGGAGUAGUGAACUAC